AGCCAAGUCGUAGCACCAGAUUACCAAAGCGGGAUUUGUAAACUUAAUAAUUAUGUCAAAUGAGUCUGGAUUGCCAGAUUCUGUUACUUUACCAGAGGAAUCUGAUGGAAAACAUUUGGAAAUUUUACGAUAUGCACUAUCAGUUGCAGUCAAGAAGAUAGGAAUCGGGUCUGAUUCAAUGUAUGCUAGAUUUCAACACCAUUUCCAUCCAAUUUAUAAGAAGAAUCCCGAUGCAUUCAGAACUAUGUACUUAGAGUUAACACGACAAGUUGAAUCAAAUUUUAAUGAGGAGGUCAAGCAGAUUUUUGAUGAAGAAAAGAUCCCAAUAUUAAUGAAUGAGUUAGAUAAAUUGAUUGAUAAAGCUUAUGGAGACAUCAAUUCUUCAGCAUGGAGACCUACAGGUGAUCCAGUUAAGGAUAGUGUUGCCCAUACUAUGCCUGUUAAACUUAAACAUAAAAUGAAACUGGAGAAGAUGGUCACAGAACUGGAAUCGGUGAACAAAAUGUUAAAAGAUGCACAUGAGAAGAAACAGAAAAAGUUGAUAAAAACAAAACAGAAAAUAGAUAAAAUAUCAGAUAAAUGGUCAAAGGCUGUUCAAGAUAUUCAGAAUGCAGACAUGAAAGACAUUGAUUUGUAUCUAGAUAAACACAAUGAAGAUUUAUGAAUUUUUACCAGUGAUUAGUAACCAUUUAAAUGAUGUAAGCUUGUGCUAUCCAUGGUUUUGUGUAGCUUUAAAAAACAAAACAUUGUGUUUGACAUUUAAUAUGAAAGGAAGAGUGUUUUAAUUGAACUUGAUGACACGAUAACCAUGAUAACAGUAACAUUAGAUUGUCAUGAAACAAUAUUGGCAAAACCUUGAUGAAGAAUAUGCUUUUGAUAUUCUAGUGUUUAUUGUAUGUAUUGAAAAUAGAAAAUUAGAAUUAUGGAAACAUAAUACAAUAAAUGUAUAUAUUACAA